AUGGCAUUUUUAUCCCCUGUCUUGCCAUCGCCGGCCCUCUCUCCGUCUUUGCCUGCCAAUCUCAUUGGAAACCCCUCUGUUGAUUCCGACAUUACACGCACCGCAACUGGACCGGGACUUCGUCUCAUCCGGUUUGAGGAUGGCGCUACACCAAUUCCGAUCACGCCAGAAGAAAAGAUCGAGCUAGAAAAGUCUGGGCUCAGAUACUUUGAUGUUACUGAAGUCGAUGUCGAGGCUGUCUUCCAUGAAAGCAUUCGCGCCGGCAAGAGUGGUGUGGCCACCAAAUCCAUACCUACCAGCCCGUCCAAACAAGACAAGGUCAAGCCUGUCAUUGCGACCCUCUCCCAAGACAAUUUGAAGGCCGACUUGGCCGCGUUGAUCAAGUACAAAACCCGGUACUACAAGUCGACUACCGGAGCCACAGCUGCCAAUGACCUUUUGACCAAGCUCAAAUCUAUCGCUUCCUCUGCCUCGGGAUCUGGAGGUGCUGUGACUGUCUCAGCUUUCAGCCACACGUGGGGCCAGACUACUUCCGGACCCAUCACGAUCGUCGGUGCUCACCUUGAUUCGAUCAACCAAGCCGACCCUGUGAAUGGAAAUUCACCUGGUGCAGAUGAUAACGGCAAGAUCUGGAUGUGUCAACCUCAUCGAGGCAUUCCGCAAGUUGGUCGCCGCUGGAUUCAAGCCUUCCAACCCAGUAGAAUUCCACUGGGCGGCUUGCUUGGCUCAGCCAAAGUCUCCGCUGCUUACAAACAGCAGGGCAAGGCAAUCAAUGCCUACAUGAACUUGGGUAUGCGGGCUUCCAUAGUCUUACGCUUGGACAAUUCGCUGAUUAUUUGCAAUAGACAUGACCGCAUGGCUCCAGACUGGAACUACCCCCCAAAUCGGUUUCGUCAAGUGCGUCAUAGUGUUCUCUCCCCUGCAUCCUCUAACAUUGUCACUACAGGGACCGCACCGAUUCUGCCCUCACCGCCUUUAGCAAGAAGCUUGUUUCUACUUAUCGUGAGUUCAUUGGUCCCAUUCUCAGAGUCCUAG